AUGCGUGGUGUGAAGAUAUUCGGAGAAAAUAAUUCCCUCUAUGAAACAAAACUGAAAAAUCUCACACUACUAAUUGGUUUUAAAUAUUUUAACAUUUAGGUGCGCACGACAAAGGAGGAGAGGGUAUUUUCACACGCACCAAUGGCAAACUGAUACAAUAUUCGAAUUGGAAUCUCGCUGAGCCGAAUAACUGGGGGUGGGGCGAGGACUGUUCACAACUACUUGGAAAUGGAUUAUGGAACGAUAUGCCAUGCAAUUACCGUUUACAAUAUAUAUGCGAGAAAGAAAAAGGUAAAUAGUUUGAUUCUUUCAAAAUUUCCCCCGAUUAUUUUUUCACAGUGAUGGAAAACUACUUACUAUAGAUACUUUUUGGCAUUACUACGAACAAAAAUGGCUAAAUAUGAUCCGAUUUAAAAUGGUCAGUCAAAGUCCCAAUUGCAUGAAAUUAUUCUUAUUUCGGAUUCAAAUUUAGGAAUAUGAAUAAAGAUUGCCUAACACAUGGGUUAUUUUUAAAUUUUGUGCUAGAACAUUAGUAAUCGAAAGUUUGUAGAAAGCUCGCAAUGUCAAUGGACAAAUAUUUGUUCGGAGAACGUUUUAUGUACAAUGAGCCUCUGGCUUGUGUUAAUUGGUAACUACAGUACACCACGUGUGUAUGAUGGGUAUUUUAAUAAUCAUUAAAAAACUCAUUAACAAUUCAUGAGGAAAAUACAAAAGAAAUGAAUGUUUAAUCAAUGUUUGUAAAUCGGAUAAAGAUUUGUCCUGAUUUACAUAAACUUCAGCUUUGAUUUUCCCGGCUUAGACAAUGUUUAUUUCUAAAAUUACUUCGCCAAUGAACUCAUAAGAUGGGUCGUUUUUUAAGCACGAUAAAACAUUCGCAUCCGAUCUUUAUCUGAUAUACAAACUCUCGCUUUCGGGUCGAGUUUUUAUAUCAGAUAAAGAUCGGCUUCUCGUGUUUUAUCUAGUACUUAUCAAUCAUUGUAGUUAUUCUUAUCAUGUUGCCAAUUAUUUUUGUUUCUUCUAUCUAGAGGUAAAAGUGAAGCCCACUAAUAUAACUACCACUGUAACUCCAGGUAAGUACAAGCAAGGAACUAUUGUGCAAUAAACCUGUGUGUGUUUGUGACGGUAAUAAAUGAAUGUAAGCCCCCUAUAUAAGUAACAUUUGCUUUUGCGGUAAACAGUAGGAAAAAUACUUUUAGGUAAUAAACACCAAGCAGUCCCCAUUGGCAUUGACGUAAUUACUAGCUGGGGCACCUGUUCCCCGGGCGAGUAUAGGUUUCGGCAUUCAUUUUUAGUGGAUCGGCAAUCUCCAAUAGUGAAUCUCCAAUUUUCUUCGAUAGCCACAAAAUAGAAUAUUAAUGAGCUGCCUAAUUUUCCCCCCAAUUAUCCAUAAGGCUCCUGCCAAUUUUAACCAAAUUACCCAUAAAUAACCCGGCAUUUUGAGGAAAAUUCGGGAAAAUUGAACAAUUUUACAAGGAAUUUCGCACGAAAACAACAACCUUCGCAAAUCGCAAGUUUAUACUUUUGGCUGCGCUGCUUUAUAUUUUGAGAAGAAAGCGACAGCGUUCGAUUCAGCGUUAGACAUUGUACUUACGGAUACCAAUUGUAUUACAAAACACCAGUAUUCUAGCGAUUUAUGGCUUUGAAAAUCAAGCGAAAUUCGAGGCGAAAUUGGUCAAAUUGUAUUGUUUAAUUGUUGACAAAGUACGUUUCAGUGUUUUGUAAUGCCUAAUGGCGCAAUAAGGAUAAAAAUACCACCGUUCGAUUCAGCGUUAGAAAUUGUACUAAUUAGUAAUUACGGAUGUCAAAUGUAUUACUAAACAGCAGUAUUCUAUAGCGAUUUAUGGCCUUUGUCUUUGAAAAUCAAGCGAAAUUGUGUUGUUGAUAAAUCGCUCAAAAUUAUUAAACUAAUUAUAAAAAAAUGCAGUACGUUUGAUCCUUGAUAACUUUAGUAUCAUUGGUUUUCUCUUUUUCGGCCGUAUACCAGUGGAUUCGUCUCACUUCUCUCUUCAUUUUGAUAGUAUUUUGAGCCCAAAAUAUUUUAUUUUGAACGUUUUAAAGCGCAGUUUAAUCCUAGCGUACGGACCAACUGGCGGCUGACAGUUUUGAACGAGGUCUUGAAGAAAUAGAAUGCAGCGUACUAUUAAAUAUAACUUUACUUGUAGGGCCUACCGCAUUUUAAUACUGUGUUAUUAAGCCUUUCGCGCCGGUAUCCGACUUUUCUGCUUAGCUCGGGAAAAACUUUAAAUCUUAAUUGAAAUAGCUGAGUAUUGUAUGUAUCAUGUACAGUAAUAUGCGUAUUUGUAUAGCCCUAGACUUGGUUCAAGUUCGUCUCAGUCAAGGCCAAGGGGUAGAAAAUAGCGAUGCACGCGAGCGGUCAAAAAAGGUGCGAAAAUAUAAGAGAAAACCUUCAACCAAGUCUAGUAUAGCCCCAGCGAGUUAACGCUCCGUUGAGCGUCUUGUUAGCUGGAAUUUUGGCAGUGACGAGGGUAAUCCUAUUAAAUCUGGCAGGGUAAUCCUAUUAAAUCUACAGUGUAGUAAUCUGUUGGCAGAAGUAGUAUUUCUCUUCACUCCUGUUCCUGUGACUUCAUGCAUAUUGAAGCAAAAACCGAGAUGAGGGACUCUGAGCUGUCUUUGAUCGAAAACCAAACAUUCUACAGGUUAGGGUAAAGCGCGGAUGCGGACGGAUAGACGGCGGUCGGACGGGCGGGAAAGUUCUUUGAAAUAAGACAAGAUUUUUUUACCAUUUCUUUUAAAUAAAAUUUUAUUUAUUUUUCACCUCACAUAUUUUUUACAGUCUCAAGUAUUACGAAAUCAGCACUCGUUUGUCAUUAUACCCGUACUACCAUUGGCUGUCCUUCUGGCUCGGUUAUAAACGUAAACUCUGCGUUUUGGGGAAGAAGAGAAAAAACAACUUGUACAUAUGUCAGUGUUCAACCUUGUGGUGUAAAGUUUAUUGCUACAAUAACGAAAAAUUUGAAGAACAAGUGUGAUCAUUUUGAUAGCUGCGAUCUCCAUGCUUCUGAGUUGGAGUCCUAUCUCAAUAAUCCUUGCCCAACAGUUCAUAAAUAUUUGGAAGUAAAUUACACAUGUGCAAAAGGUAAUUUCUCUUCGCUACUUGAGUGAGGUGUGUACCUAAUUUGUCAUUAGAAAUGCAAAAUAAACCUUAAAUAGAUAAGAAAAACUAGCCAGCCGCAAUAGACUUUUGCAACAAUUGGUGAAAUAUGUCAAAAUCAACCUUAGAAAUGAAACGAACAUCUCAAUAUCAGUAAAAGCCAAAAAUAUCAGCUUUUAAUAUGUUAUGUGAAAGUAAUGGCAUUCAAUUUAAGAUGGCUCCCUACAAUAUCAUGAACUAGAACAUCAUGGAGAAAAUCAUGAACUAGAUCAAAGUUUUUGAAGGAUUGUUACUUGUCUGAAAUAAAAGAUUGUACAAUUUUUAUAAAGCAACAGUCUAAGAAUUCGUUAUGUUGCUAUGGCAACAAUGGCGAUUUUUAAAGAUGUCCGAUAUUUUGGCUUUUAACGUAGUUAAGUUAAAAACGCCUGGUUACCCCCAUUUUUUUAUUUCUGAAAACCUUUUCUUGUAGUACAAUAAACUGACCAAGUACAAAAAAAUUAUUUCGAAAAACCGUGUUUAUAACUUUUUUAAAUUUGCCUGUACAGAUUUUUUUUAAAAUUGGUCAGAUAGUUUAUUGUACUACAGGAAAAUGUUUUCCGACAUAAAUAUGGGCUAACCUGGCGUUUUUUUAAGUAAACUGCGUUAAUAAAAGCCAAAAUAUCGGCUAUCUUGAAUCGUCAUUGUUGCCAUAGUAACAGUGAUGACGUCACCUUUGUGACCAAUUUCCAACUGUUUGAUUGUUGCUGUAUAUAUGGUGUACAAUGUUUUAUUUCUAGCAAGCAACAUCUCGUCAAAGAAUUGAUUUGAUCAACAUCUCGUCAAAGAGUUGAUCCAUUUUCACUGUUCUAUAAAAUCUAGGGAGCCAAAACUUGCUCACCAGAACAAUUUCGCGCUUUCCAAAUUGGACGAUUACUUCAUUAUAUACAAAAAUGCGACAAUGAGCUCAAUAACCGUCCGUGCAAAAAUUAACUCAGACAAAUAGAUUAUACAAUAACCUCUGUUUAGUUUCCAGACCAUCUUGAUAGAUGUUUCCACUAGGUGCAUGCAUGAGCAUUCCCAAAAAGAACGGUAUCAAAUUUGUUCCCCUUCAAUAAACAAGUGUGUAAUUUGAGACUGUCAGUGUUGCUAUAAGGUUUUAAUCUUGCAAUUACACCCCAAGCCACAGGCUGUUUAUUUAUUCUGCUGCCCGUCGCCGGCAUGAUCAACAUCUGAGCAUCGAUUUUCCAAAAUACGUAAUGCAAUUACACUACAAAAAUCAUAUUAACACAUCCUUAGAUACUCACCAAAAGGUAUGUAAAUCUGGAUGGACAUCGUCUGAUGUCAACAAACGUCGCUGUUAUCGCCUAUUUGACACACCUAAGACAUGGAAGGAUGCCAGAAACACUUGCUCGCAAGAUAAUGGCGAGCUACUUAGCAUUGGUGGAAAGUAAGUUGAAUAAUUCUUUGAAAACUUUUUAGCGCUAGUACUUUCAACUACUCUAUAUAUGUAUUUACUGUAUUCCUAAGUCGCAGAUGGGAAUGUAACCCGACGCUGACGCUAGCCCUACUUGACCCUGACGCUACAUAAACUAGACUAUAUAAAUAAUUUCAGGGAUGGAUCCAGCAUGAUCUGGUGGGGGGGGGGGGUGGAGCGGUGCUCUGCCAGUUCUGGUGCCGUGUUGUGCCGCCCGCCCAUCAACUUGCUUCACUACUGCAAAGUCUUGCUUGACUACUGUAUUUGAAUUGCAAUUGUUGUUUACAACUUCCCUCCCCAGUAAAUCCAUCCUUGAAUAAUAAAGUUAGUUUAUCAUUGAAGUUGUUUCCGCGAUUUGUUUUUUGUCGACGUUACCACUCAACUAUAUUGGGUAAACAAAAUUUUAAGUGAGUAAAAAAUUUCGUAAAUCAUGAAAAACAAAUCAACUGAGUUGAUUUGUUCAACUCAAGGGUUGUUGCGUCACCACCGGUUGAUUAAAUUAAGGAACACCGACCAAUUACCCGAAGUCAAUUGAGCCGUUAUGUUGUCGUGUUAUCAAAAACAUCACUUGUAAACUCUCUAAUAUACGAUCUAAACAGAUUAUAACGCUUCUAAACAGCAUGUUUUGGUUUGCAGAAAACACCAUGUAUGUUUGUUAUUAUUGCCCGGAUUUUCAUCAGGGAAUCCGACCCCUUGUCGACGCCUUUGACGUCAGCGUAACUAGCCGCCAUGUUCCUUACAGUUCUACACAAAAUGUACAGUUCUAAACCCAUAUAUUUAUGCAGCUUCUUAAAACACUAAUGUGUAGACAGUUCUUCAAAUUUAACAAAAUGUACUUUUAAAAGUCCCAUUUACUGGUUUUCGUUGUGGAUUCCCCAGAAAAUGCCAGAAAUGCUGUCAUUGUAGCAUAAAAAACACAAACGUUUUCAGGGAGCGGACCCCUAGACCCUCCUACUUUCCUUCAAAUCAUUUAUGUGCUGGGGUAAUGGAACAGAAGAUAAAAUUGCGGCGAGCUUUUGUGGAUGGUUGGGUAAAACAAAUCUUUGCCAGAGCCACUAGAUUCAAAUGUUUUUGUGGAACACCCCCUUCACUCCCCUACCCAAAAUCGAAUUUGUCUGCCCUUUCUCCCACCAACCACACCUUUAUUUUGCCACCUAUAUGAAAAUUAAGAACGUUUAAAAACGUUAAUUAUCUAAUCCAGGUAGAAAAUCCUUUGACCCUCCCCCCAGUCAAACACCCAAUGCUUCGUAACAUCCCUAAUAUUUUUUUUAAAUAAACCAUGCCUCCCAGCCAGUGGGCUGAGGAGACAUCGUCAUUCCCCAUGGCAGGCUUGUUCUAGACUUGGAGUGAGUACUUCUCGUUAGCGUACUGGCUAGGAACAUAGCCACUGCAUAACGGCUACAUGGCGGCCGGUCAUUUUGCAGACUAAAGAGAGCGCGCCACGUAUACUAUACUAUACUAUACUGUACUAUACUAUACUAUCUAUACUAUACUAUACUAUAUACUAUACUAUACUAUACUAUACUAUACUAUACCAUACCAUACCAUACCAUACCAUACCAUACCAUACCAUACCAUACCAUACCAUACCAUACCAUACCAUACCAUACCAUACCAUACUAUACUAUACUAUACUAUACUGGUCAUUUUCCCUCCUGAGCUAUUAUGCCAUUGAUGCUUUUAUUAUGCCAUUGAUGAUUGCAUCAAGCUUGUGACCGUUGACACCAAAGAGUAUAGAUGUAUAGAUAUAGAAGUCCGACUCGUUGUCGGCGCCUGUGAUGUCAGCAUAAUCACCGCCAUGUUCCUAGACAAGUUCGCUAAGAGAGGCCCUGGAAACGAUUGAAAAUGGCGCGCGUUCGGAGCGUGGCUGAGCGCAUCUCAUUAGCGCACGGGCUAGGAGUAGGGCAACCUCAUAUACUCUGUGAUUAAUACGCGCUCACGUCCAAGAAAUCUAUUAAAAUUAAAAAUAUCAUGAGAAAACCUAAAAGUUUUAAAAAAUUAUGAUAACCUGAGGACUUAGCAACAACCGCGGUGUAACUAUCUUCGCAUUUUAUUCAAGUAUUUUACUCGUACGUGUGGAGUGUUAGAAUACACUUGCAUUAUUGUAAUUACCUUAUUCAAAUUUCGUUUAUUUUAUAGAUUUACCAUAAAAACAGCAUGAUUUUAACUCUAUUUCGUACGUUUUGACCAAAAGCCUUUGCGCGAAACGUAGAAAUAACAUCAACAUCCAUAAUUGCUUAUAUAUUGCGCAAGUCUUGAUAAAUCCGGAUACGUUGUGUUUUUGGCACAUGCAUGGCCCAGGUCCGUGACAUCCAACUUUCCAUGCUUUUCGGUUCUUAGCUCUUUACUUCAAAUUCCUCUAGCUGUCCCCUGCCUUUAAAUUAUCCAGAAAUGAACACCUUUUUCUUCUUCAGCCCAUUUUCCCAAGAAAACGUCCUUCUAUAGCUGCUGUUAACAGGUUCUUAGAAUGGCUUAGAUCGUGGCCAAUCCACAUCGUUUGUUGUUUGAUUAUUCUUUGAGGGAACGAUCUUUUUUCAUUGAUCAUUGUCAAGACUUCUUCAUUUUUUAUAUGCUGUAUAUAGCUGAUUUUAAGCAUCUUUCUCCAGCACCACAUUUCAAAUGCCUAUAUUUUUCUUAUGUCCUCUUUUCCAGUGGCGAAGCUUAGCUAUACGAUGUCAACUACGUUCUAAAUGCCUGCAUACUUUUAUUUUUUAUUUUAUAUCACUUCGCGACCAGACUGCAACAACACUACAGAACUCAUAUUGUUUUAAUUUUUAUCCUCAUUUUAGUUUGGAACAAUCGUUUGUAACAAGUCUCAUGGAACGAGCAUGGUACUCGAACGUCUGGAUUGGGUUAAAUGAUUUAAAGACAAAAGGUGUUUAUGAGUGGUCAGAUAGUUCUUCUGUUUCCUGGACCAACUGGUAUGCUGGACAGCCUGAUGAGAGACGAACAGAUAAAAGUUGUGUGUAUAUGAGUCUGGAGCGUGGUAAACGCGGUUUGAUGUACUGGAGUGAUCAGAAUUGCACCAGCAAAUAUGCCUUCAUGUGUGCAUAUAACACUGGUAAGUUUAUCAACAUAUGAACCAUUUAUGUAAGAUAGAAUGGUGUUCGAUAUUUAUUACAGAGUGUGAGAAAAGGGAUGCAAUGAAGCGGGGGCUAAGGGGUGCUGCGCCCCUCUUGUUAAAAUUCCAUAUCGUUUUUAUUGAUUUCCAUAACCUGGAAAGUUCUUUGCAACUUUGGUGUCGAAAUUUCAGUAAUUUCCAAAGAAAAUGACUAGUUAGUAAUCUCGACUUUAUCACUUUGGGUGACUUUAAUAUGAAAAAAAAUUUGCUAUGUCAAACCAAAAAUAAAUGCUGAAACUUUCCAUGUUUAUUAUGUUGUCGUUUCCCAUUCCCCCCCCCCUCCCCUUAGCGUUCCAGGAUUUCACCAAUUAUUUUUAUAUAAUGCCUCAUUAAUCCUUAUUAUAGUCAUUUAAUUGGUUGAUUCUAAUCACAUGAUAUUGAACGCCGUCGAUUCGUUAAAUGGAAUAUUUUGUAUUUCACCUCAUGAAACUAUUCUUACCUUUGCACUCAUAAACAUUCACUAUUGGUAUAGAAAUGCAUUAUUGGCAAAAUGAAAAGAGAAAUCCAUGUUAGAUUCACACGAAAGCUCGUCGACACAGACAGAAUAUUAAUGUAUUCAUAAUCAACUUGUUAAUAAUUACAUGAAGGUUGAUAUAGUAAAAUAAAUAUCUAUGUAUUCUUAUUUCCUAUAUUUUUGUGUUUUACAGAUGGCACCACACAAAAACCCACAACUGUUCCUCAAGGUAUAUUAUUAUUUUCCUGAUUUUUUCAGUUAAAUUGAACUCUAGAUGCUAGAAAAGACUGAAAUUUCGUGCGAAAUCUCCAUUUUUGAUCAUUGACUAUUUUGAACAUUUCUCAUUUGAACGUUUCUGUAGAUGUAAAUCUUUACCACAGGGUCGCUGGUUCGAUUCCGUGACCUGCAUGUAAAGUUGAAUUUUUCUUAACUGUUCCCAGUUAGCUCUACAAUAUGUAUAUAGUUUUCGCUCGAAAUUUUUAUCUCCAAGAAGCCUUCAAAUCAUUAAUUCUACGGUAUAUUCUGUAGCUAGGGUUUCACUACAAAAUUAAUCACCUUGAAGUAGGCAGUUCCCCUCUCCCGCCCUCCCCAUUUUGUAAAUACUCUGUCUAUCGAUUCGCGAUUCUGCAGUAAUUGUCAUGCGAUACUGUUUUUCCUGAUGAAAGGUCCCUGCAAACUUGUACAAUACUACGUUGGGUUCGUUCGAUCUAUUAUAGAAUAUGGUUGUCUAUAAAUGCCUAUAUAGCCUUAUCUUAUAAAGAUCCCAAUAAUAACAGUGUAAUCCCGUCUUACAGCCACCCAAACGCGUUAAUAUACGGCCACCCCGUUAAAACGGCCAAAUUUUUUCUGUCCGUUCUUGCCCGUAUAAUUUAUAAACGGGGUUCAAAUCAACUUCAAAUCUAUAUACAAAAGUCGAGUUCGUUUAAUUUAAGUGUGUUCGGAUUCACCAAUUGCUAGAGAGUUUUCAAUAGGCAAUUCCAGCUUUUAAUUUCUGGAUGGAUGGGGUGUAAGGUAUUGCUGAUUAUGCUGAAAAAAUAAAAACGACGGCCGUAUAUCCACGGAGUGAUAGCUUAUACUUGUAAAUAUUGAAAUAUUUCGGUUGUUUCGGCAGUUUUUAUUGAAAAUUUUCAGCAUCAUCAGCAAUAUGAUGCCUUACUUCUCAUUACGCCCUGUGUGCAUAAAUUAAAAGCUGGAAUUGCCUAUAUGAACUGAGUUUCGGGCUUACCUCAAGGUGCUCACUGCCGUUGGUUUAUCCAAGAAAGUCACGUGACGAUUCCUUUCUUGGACUCGUAAUGAAACGUUUGAUGUUAGCGAUACUAUGCCACCGUCUGCUAAUAUUAUUUCAAUUCAUUUGCAUGUUAAAAUAUGUCCAAUCGUACAUUUAUAUCGUUUUAGUUAACUACGGAAAGUGCUAUGGUACUGGAUUCGUAACAAAGGACAAUCUGCCCUACUGUUAUUACUAUGACAACAGUACAAAUGGGUAAGAAAUCCCUAAACUACUACGAAAAAUAAUGAUACAUAUUGUAAGUGAACAUUCUAGAUUUUUGGCAUCUCGCUCGACAGAACAGAAUGUUGAGGGUUUGUUGAUGGAAUUUCGAGAUAAAACAAAUUUCUAGAGUAUGCUAGCCCUUCGUAGAAUUAUAGGUACCGAUUAUAACAUUGCUUUUAAGGCGGUUUUUCGUGAAACGAGGUGAGUGUGAGAAUGUUGAGAACAUGUGAGGUGAAUUGAUGUGGUGUGAGGAUUCUAUGGGUGCCUGAGGAUGCUGAGGGUGUGGAGAUGCUGUAGGUACGUGAAGUUGAAAAUAGUAGGGUGGCGUGAAAUUCAUUGAAUAUUAAAGGGAAAGUCAAGUCCGUAAUGCAAACAAACGGUUUGUUUACAUUUUGAACUGCUGUAUUUUUUAAAAUAUGAUGUACUGUCUGAAUAUCUAACACCAUUUUGGUUCGCUAUGCUUCUAAAUGAAUAUGGAAUAGAGUUUAUGUUCAGAAAAAUUCGAAACAUUCGAAAUUUGGGCAAUGUUCACAUUAGAGGUCCUCACAUUGUUAUGAGCAGAACCGAUGCGCAGAACGGACUUGACUUCCCCUUUAAAUUAGAGUUCAGUAUGUUUAAUAUCGCGCAUGCUAUUGCGUUGAUGUGAGGUCGAAGUGUUGUGAGCUGGAAUUAGCGAAGUAAGGUUGAAUGGAAUGGAUUGAACUCGUUCAAUGUAUUGACUGGUGGGAGUCCCGUAGAUCUGGUAUGAGAAUGAAGGUGUAAUUUUGAUUGAGGUGGAAUGAGGUGCAGUGUUGCUAAUUGGGGUGGUGUGACUUGGAGUGAAAACGCAUGCGAAUACUGAGUGAGUGUGAGGUUGAAUGAAGUGGAUCUGUGGAUGGAGGUGUGAGAUGAAUGAAGUGAAGUGAUGAUGCCGAAAGUAUGUGAGGAUGCUGGGAAUGUGUGAGGUGGAACGAUGUGAAGUGAGGUGGUGUGACUGUGAUGUGUGCAUUGUAACGUUGCAUGAGACAAAUAAUGUAUGAAGCAAACGAACAAACUAAGAAACAUUAAAUUGUUCAAAUGUACAUUUUGCAUCUCCAGGCCCAAGUCAGUAUAACGUAUUUGUUGUCUAUCAAUAAUAGAAAUAAAAGGCACUGUACAAUAUUGUUUUAGUCAAAAUUGGCUGGAUGCUCAAUACACCUGCCGGUAUAAUAAGAAGGCAAAGCUUGUAAGUGUACAAAGUAAAGAAGAAAACGAAUUUGUCAAGACUAUAUCGAAAAAUGCAAUCUGGCUUGGUCUGGAAGCAAAAGGAGUAUUUCGAGGUAAACUUCACUUUCUUGUACGCGCAGUUUUGUAUAAUUUAUAUAGUUAAUUAAGAUACUAGAAAGUCUCCCCCUCUCUAUAUUACGGUCACGAUUAACAUUUCUAUAGCGCAAAUUUAAAUGUGGAUAUGAUCAAAUGCACUUUACAUCUUAUUUAUCUAAUUACAUACUUAGCCUAGACUAUUUUAUCUUUACAACAAUUGUCAUAUUCCCCGAGCCAACGGCGCUGAGCGCCUCGCGAGUGUACUAAUUCCUCCCGGCUAUUUACUCCAGGGGAAAGGAAAACAUUAGCGAAGUCUAAAGUUCAUCGUUAAUCGCGGGCGUGGGUGGUCAUCCUCACUGAUCUCAAAAUAUAGUGGUCGGCCAUGAAUAGCGAACACUGAUUGGUCCAAUUUAAAAUUUGCAUUAUAAUGACUGCAUGACGACAGCGAAAUAGCGAACAUUUCUUGAUUUGAUGAUUUCUAGCCUACGGUAUAUACCCCAGCAACUCGCGAAACGUGUUUCUGAUUUCUUGCAAGAUCAUAGAUUUUGUAAAUUUCAAAAGCUUUUUGAGAAAAAAAAGGCGAAAGAAUUGCUAUAGAAGCCGAAGGCAAGUUUUAGCUAAUUGCUUUAAAAACUGAUUGUUGCGUAUACGUUAAAUGAAAAAAGCGGAAAUGAGAGCAUAUGUAAUUUCAGUGUGUCUUUAUUGAUUACCCUUUUUUAUUAUAUUAAUAACGUUUUAAAAUGCUUUGCGUAGCGUUUGUGGUUGAAUAUAUUUGGGAAAUUGAUAAUUUUGUAAUUAAAAGUAAUGAAAUUAUCCUGUUAUAUCAUGACAACUACUUUAAAUACAUCAUGUUCGGAAAAUACGAUGGUUUUGUCAGCAAGGCGAGGGUUUCUGCAUGCAUGUAUUUUCUAGUAGUUUCUUAAUUGUGUUUAUGCUAACCCACCCUGUCAACUUUCCCUGUGGGAGGAAACAGGAGGACCCGAAAAAACCCACGACAUUCGGCAAAACGUUUCGUCUUUAACUUAAGACAUCUGCUUACGUAACUGUUCCGCCGCUCCAGGGGGGUUCGGCUGAAUCAGUCUGCUAUCGCAGACUAAGGUGAAAGGCGCUUUUAUACAAUGACGACUGCGCCACCGAAGCAUUUGUACCGUCGCCACUCUCCCUCUUUCUAUGUAAGUUCUAUUUUCUCAGCUAAUUCCUUUUGAUCUCGACAGGUCAUGUAUGGUCAGAUGGUCAACCAGUUGGUUAUACUAACUGGGAUGUUGGUCAGCCAGACAGUUAUAACGGUCUUGAUGCUUGCGUAGAAAUUAAUCCAGACACAGGAUUAUGGAGCGACAGACCUUGUAAUGAGAUUAAGGAUGUGGUUUGCAAGAAACCUAGAAGUAAGAUUUGACUUACUUAUCAGCUACUCUUAUUUACAUAUAAUGUUAACAGCUACUCUUAUUUAUACUUAUUAUCAAUCUCACAACAGAAAAGCAUUCAAUGAGUUCAAUCGAUCGGCUUUCUCAAAACCACUGAUCUGAAAUACAUAUCUGGAUACUUGCCUUACGACAACUUUUAUGUGCGGCAUACCACUUUUACACUUUUUAUAACAAUAUAAUAAUGUGUGCGUUUUUUUAGGGAUUAAUCCAGUUACCCCAACCUCCGUAAUUUAUCCAACAUCAGGUAAGGAGAGAAAUGUCUAUCUUAUUAAAUAAAGUGGAUAUAUACGACACAAAGCUGUUUCUUGUCUUAUACGAAAGAAAUUGUAAAACUGCAUGUAGAAUAACUUAUUUUGUAGAUUUUUAUUUCCAUGCUUUGUUGUUGAGAUAUUUUUUAAAAUUAAAAACAAUGCAAUCAGCUCGACGUCAAAUUGAUAUCAUGUUCAAAAUAGUAUAGGAAAAAGAGGUGGGAAUGAUCAUAUUUUUUCGUUGUGUUUGUGAAGUUACUCUGAGUGUAUAUCCACACCGGGCAAGCUUGAAAAAUACGCCUGCAUGGCCACGGUGGGAAUCGAACCUAUAUAUAUACGACCUUUGGAAUACUAGCCCAAUGCUCUGCCAACUGAGCUACGCGGUCAGGUCGGUUAGAGUAUGUGAUAUUUCGGAACUCUGAGUCUAGACUUAAAUUUAAAACAAGAAGAUGUUUGCUUGAAUGCAGGUGAAAUUACUUCACAAUUUUACAGGUUCUUCACAGUGUAAGAAAGGCUGGACGUUAUACCAAGGAAUGUGUUACAUUGUGGGGAACAAUACAUCUUAUGACUAUCUGACAUGGCAGGAUGCUGAGAAAAAAUGCCAAAAUCUUGGAAAUAAUGGACAUCUCGUCAGCAUCCACAGCCAAGAUGAGGAGAAAUUUGUUAAGUUUCUUAUAAAGUAAGUUUUCUAUACACCAAUUGAUACACCUACAGCAGACCAAACAUGCCUAGAGAGAGGACAGUUGUAAGUAAUUAAUGAGGUAUAAGUUAUCAAGAUAAGCCGUAUAGGUAUACAACAAUUCAAGCACACAAAAACAACGUGAAAGGGGACGAAAACUAAUUAUAAAAUUAUAAAAAGAACAACAAACGUUCCAAUAAAAAAUCAAAACAACUUUGCACCCAAAAUUUGCAAAUUAUACUUUAUUAUUCAUAUUGGUUUUUGUUGUUUUAUUUUUUUAUGAGAAACCACAUCUUCAAAAAAAUAAUAUUAGACAAGAAAAUCAGCCAAGGAUGACUGUCGAUAAAAUUAUUGUAUAAAAAGGUUAUUUAACUGAACCUUAAGGAUAUUUUUCGUUCACAUACCCCACAUUUUUCCGCAAUAACCUUUUUUUCUCAAUAAAAAUAUUUUGCGUAAACUUUAUGAUUCACUCGGAAGAUUUAAGACAUUAAGACCCUAUAAUUGGUACUCCUGAUAUUUUUUUGCGUCUAAACUUUCGUAAUUGAUCAUUUUUCACGAAGCGCUCAAUACGUUCCCGUUGACCCAUUUUCUGUAUUUUCUUGUUUGUUUCAUUUCCCGAAAAAGGAGUAAUUGGCCGUGUUUUUGUUUUCGAUAGUAAAAUUUAAAUUGUUCACAUCCGCAUACGUUUUUCCGCAUUAUUUAUGAGUAACUGAUUCUGCAUGCGCAGUUGGCGAGGCUAGCUGUAGCAAUAACAAUCACGACCCAGAGCAAUGCCUGUGCGCGGGCUAUGAUGGCAUUGGCUCUGGGGAAAUUGAGCCCAGUACAGAAAUCGUACCCAGAGCCAAUGCCAUCCUAGCCCGCGCACAGGCAUUCCUCUGGGUACGAGAUUGUAGCAAUAAUAGGUCAUGCUAUAUGCAACUUUUUAAUUAACGAUUUGCAUUAUUCAAACCUUUAGAAAUGUAUUAUCUUUGAAUUAAUCUACUUUUAGAUGCAGAUUUAUUAGCAUAGGAUGACCAGUUGCCAUGGCUAGCUCACCACUGAUUCUGUGGUUCAUUAUGCCAUGUUAUCUUGUUAUGAAUUAAAUUAAUUUCAACUGAUUACAUUUGUCGCUUGAAAUGAAACCAGAUCGAGCGAAACCUUUUUCUAAUGAUAAAUUUUUAUAGGUCUCACUAUAGUUCUUCUUUUUGGAUUGGUUUGAACGAUUUGGAUACUGAAGCUACCUACAAAUGGACUGAUGGUUCCAAUUAUUACUACGCUAACUGGAACAAUAGGGAACCGAACGACUACAUGCGGCAGGAAAAUUGUAUCCAUUUGCUUCGUUACAAUGGGAAAUGGAAUGACCAGCAUUGCCAGUACAAAUAUCCAUAUGUUUGCAAGGCAUAUAACGGUGUGUAUGAUUUACUCUCCCCCUGGGAAAAUUUCACAUAUCACUUCACAUCUGAAUGAUUUCACAUUUGAAAAUACACGUUAAUUUUGACAUGUGAAAUUCAACAUUUUCAUAUAUAAUUUAUUCUUUCAAAUAUGAAGUAAUGAUGGUUUUUAUGUGAGAAAUAAUUUCUCUUGUGAUUGUUUUUCCAUGUGCAGUGGAAUUGGACAAUUAACAUAUUUCAUUCAUUAACAUUUUCAGGGUUCCCAAUAGAAGCCGGCACCCGGCGAUUUUCGCCGUCUAUAGUCUGGACAAUCGCCGGUUAUUUCUCGAAAUUACAAACCAAAAUGUUUCCUCCUCGUCGCAGAAAUGUCAAGGGGAAGGUUUCUUGCUUUUCUAACAUAAAUUUUACACAAUAAAACGACAAAACCUCCAAAACCUUAAGGCCCAUUUCCAGUCAGGAAAAUUUUCGGCAGAAAGAAAAUUUUGUAAAAUGUAUUGAAAUGAUAUUUUCGGGAAAUUUUCUGUCCGUGGAAAUUUUUCUUGACAGGAAGGAAAUGGACCUCUGCAAAAUGACUGGGUUUAAAUUUCUGAAUUUUCACAUCAAAGAAACGCCCUCGGAUCCCCCCUCCCCCAAGCGAAUGAUACCUUCGGCACCACAUUGCCGGAAUCCUGUAUUUUCACACGUUUUUUUUUGGUGUGUCCCGAAAAAAUAUUUUGGUGACCACCACCCCCCCCCCCCUUGCCGCUCGCCAAGAUUUUGGGUGAGAAAUAUUAAUGUUAAGUUUGCCUGUUCAAGCAAACUAUACUGUGCCCUCCCCCCCCCAAAAUGAAAUUACUUCGAGUUUGCCUUGUUCGCUUGUUGUUACAUGCAGCGCUUCGUCAUCGAGGGAAAUAUUGGGGAGGGGGUGUAUUUUGUGAACCAGAAUAGUUUUUAUAUACGGUUCACAAAAUUGUUUAUGAAUUCAAAAUGAAUAUAAUAAAGUGGAAAUUGAAAUUCGUGUCGUGCAAUUAUUUCAGUCCAAAUUGCACUCCACUCUAUUCAAUUACUUUUAAUCAUUAUAAACAUAGGCGUAUGGGCCGGGGGGGGGGAAUUUCUGCGAUCGGGCAAAAUCAAUGUGACAUUCGGGCAAAACAUGAAAAUGUCGGAAAAAAUAUGAUGUGUGUUUGCGAAAAUCACGUGAUGUUAGGUAACAUUUUUUAUAUGUCCGGCAAAAUUUUCGUAUUUUACUGUCAAGUUUUUGGUAUGUCCGGAAAAUUUUUUUUGGUGUGUCCCGAAAAAAUAUUUUGGUGACCACCACCCCCCCCCCCGCCGCUCGCCAAGAUUUUGGGUGAGAAAUAUUAAUGUUAAGUUUGCCUGUUCAAGCAAACUAUACUGUGCCCCCCCCCCCCAAUAAGAAAAAAUCACUUAUAAAUGUCCUUUUAUGAGGGAUAAACUGUAUGUUACACACUAAUAUUUCUAUCACAACUUGAAUUAAAACAUAUAUGUCAUUUGUUUUAGUUUGUGGAAAACACCAUGCAAUGUAUAUAUUUAUUAUUGCAAAGUUUCGAUCCUCAACGGCUUAUGUCUGGAUAUUUAUCAGUGGCAUUGCAAUCUCGUUCCCAGGCUUUUAGAGAAGAUCCUGGGAAUGAGGUUGAUAGCACUGAUGAAGAUUCGAGCUUACGGAUUGAAAGUUUUGUAAUAUCGCCAUGCAAACAAAAAAGGAUCUUACUAAAAUAUCUAUGAAUUGGAAAUCCUGAGGAAAGUAUUCUUAAUCUCAUGCUUUCCCCCCUUAUUUACAGAAUCGUAUAAACCGCCUGUAAAACCGACAGAAGCGCCUAGACCUGAACAGGGUAAGUAUAGGAUAGAACUAAUUCUCUUGUAUUAGAAAUUUCAACUGUUAAUAUUUAUGCCAUCCUUUCGCAUAUAUACAUACAUACAUACAUGGCAUGCGUUAAAACGUUUCUGAUUGGUCGCUUGAAAAUCGAUUGAAAUAAAGCUUUGCCUUUGAUUGUUGGUAAAAAAGGGAACAUUUUAUACACCACAGACUAAUCAUUAUGUUAUGGUCUCUCCCUCUUUAAAACAUAUUUUUCUUGUUUGAAUUUUUCGUUUGUUUUGCACUGGUAUUAACUAUCAUGGAAACUGUACCAAAUCUUAAUGUGGCCGGGAUCCAGUUAACGAGUUUUGCCAUUUUGGAAGUGUAUUUUCUCAACUUUUCUAUCGAACUUUAUUGUCAAUUAAUACGGCAAUACGGCGAGUAUCAGCUUUGAACUUGGAUUGUUGCACAUGACUUGGAUAAAAUAAGGUCAGUUAUAUGUCAAAAGCAAAUGGCUGAGUGUUUUUUAUACAAUAUAAGUUAUAUUUUAUUCAAUUUAUUGAUUUAAACAAUGAAAAAUUUUGUGCAACCUACUCGAGAAAAGUUUGUCCAAAAAAGGCAAAAGAUUCCACGCUUUUUCUUGGGCCGUGCUCGAUCGAGUUCUUGAGCACAUACUUCUGUCAGGGAAACUAAAACCUUUUUAUAAUACAUUUAUUUGAACGAAAUUUAAAAAUGAUGCGGAAAACUUUCACAGCUUCCUUAAAUUUUGCUUGUUAUCGAAAAUUGAAAUAUUUUAACCGAAAUCAUUAUUAUUUUAACCGAAAUCAUAAGUCACUGAGCUAUCCGCCAUCUUGGAUUGUUAGGGUAGUUUAGGUUUCGCGCUUGAUGGUACUGAACGGCAAAACAGCAGGAUAUAAAUUUCUUGGCAGAAUUUAAUUUGUUUCUCUUCGUCUUCUAAUUUUUUUCUUUCUUAUGCAUGUAAAAAGCAUUUGUUUUGGAUACAGCUAUAAUACUCCAUUUUCUUUAUAUACAAAUUUUUCUUAGCCUGAGUAUGCAUGAUUACCUAUAUACAAACAGGGUCACUCAAAUGUUUAUCCUAAUAUCUAAUGGCCAUCAUGAGCCCGGCAAAGUUAAUCACUAUUUCGAAUAUCAAACUGAAACUGAUUUAUAAUAUUUCAUUAAUCUACUAAUUGUUAUUUUUCAACCUUGGAGUAGAUUUAUGCGGCUAGCUAUGUUUUGACAUCACCAAAACCACCGUUAAUGAGGAAAAAUAAUCCAAUAAGUCGGACAAAUGAUUGUUUUCAUAGCUAUAAAGAGCAAACUAAAAUUAGUAAAUUUGCAAAUUUUGGUUGCAAAAUGCGGAAAAAAUAGCCUUGCAAAAUUUGCAAUUUUGUAUAUUUUUAUAUUGCGUGUGGAAAUUCCUACCAAAUUUGGGCCGAAAAUGGUAGCAAUUUGCGCACGCAAUACAAAAGUAUACAAAAUUUGCAAAUUUUGCAAGGCUAUAGUUUCCCCAUUUUACAACAUUUCGCAACCAAACUUUGCAAAUUUACUAAUUUUAGUAUGCUCUUUCUAGCUGUGGUGAUUUAUUUGCAUCUCCUUGCCUAGUUUUAAAAUUAGGCUAUAAUGGGAAUUGUCUCUUAAAAAGCGUGAUAUGUAUAUUGUAUAAAAUUUAAACAUAUAUGACACUCUUGUCGUAUAUAUUAGUGCAGUUACGAAAUUUAAACCUUUGAAAAUUUUCUAGAUGGCUACUGUCCUAAGGGAUGGUUUGCUCAUGCUCAAUAUUGUUAUGAGUUCCAUACUCAUCCCAGUGAGUACAGACGGUGGUCUGAUGCCAGAGACGCUUGCGAACUGGGUCAUAAUUCAAGUUCAUAUGGAGAAUUAGUCAGUAUACAUGACGAGUGAGUAUCAUAUUGCAUGUGAUGGCGAGUAAAAGGCAAAUUAGGCCAACAACUCGAUCAAACUAUAUAGUCUGCGUCAUUGUCCCAACGUAAAACGGUCAACAUUUGUUCCCAAAGGAGUGUGGGUUAUAAUUGAUUGUCCUUUUGUGGUUAGCAGCCGGGUUCCUCUCCUCCACAGAGCCUCCUUAAGUAUUUAUAAAUAACUUACAUGAAGUUUCCUGAAUUAAAGUGAGCGCGCGGAGUGACAGGACGAUUGUAAUGAAGCCGAGAAGGCUCUGCCACAUAAUGCAAAAAAGUAUGAUUUUUGAACCAAACUUUUGUUUGACAUUUUUUACACUUGAAAUGGACGGAAAUGUGGAAGAAAUUGAAAUAAUUCUUCAUAAUCUGAGUAUCGAAGGUCAGUAGAGUCAUUUCUGUAAAGAAAUGUUGCAAUUUAGAGGAUAUUUAUUAUUAGAUAGGUUAUAUCCAUUUACAAUCACGUGCAAUUUCUCAAUAUUUUUUGGUGCAAAUGGACAGAAGAAGAUAUUGAUUUUGGAUUCUCUCCAGGAGACUCAAGUGCGCCUGAAAAAGAAAGUGGAAAACAUGUUUUAACACCCUCGAAGGUUGAUAUCGAACGGAACUCCAAACGAUUAUAUACGUCAUGUUGAUUGCAUUAACUACACGGCUAAAAACGAUCAGAUAGUUGCAAUGUUGAUGAAAACAGGAUUGAACAAUGUUUUGCUGCCCAUAUUGUUCACAGUUGUCAACAAUAUUGAACAAUAUUGUUACACCCGAUUCAGGCUCAACAAUAUUGUUCAAUAUUGUUGACAAGUGUGAACAACGUGGGCAGUAAAACAUUGUUCAAUCCUGUUAAACAGCGGGCUCAGCGUUUUGGCGCGUGUAGCAGAGGCUUCCAUUACUUCGCUCUUCCCAUCACUUCUUGCGCGCUCACUUUUCAGAAACUUCAUGUAAGCAUCUGCGGAGGAGAGAGGGCGGGUUUGGUGUAUCCCUGAUGUAUCGUUGGUAACUGCAUGCCGUUGAGUGCUUUCAGGAAUGCCGCUUCCAGUGAACUAUAUAAAUACUGGAACGAUGACGCCAGAUAAAAGGCCCCAUGAUUGGUUGAAGUCAUCACGACGGCCAGUAGAGCUAGUGAUCUCUUGUGGGUUUAAAACACGUGUGUAUUUCGCGGGAGUAAUAACUGAAAAAUAACUAGAGUUUGCCGAUCGAUAACAUGCCUAUAGGUAUUAUUGUUCUAGUUUACAGAAGUAUAGAGUAGAGGCAAAGCUAACUAUAGCUGUAGAAUUAUUUAUAUGAGGGAAUGACUCUUAUAUAUAUAAGCUAGAGCAAUAGUAAGUAAGCAUGUAAGUUGUCUAAAAUUGUGAAUUGGGUAUAGCAUGCAAUGCUAAGAAAAACGACGUUAGCCAAAUUUGUCUAUUUGGUAAACCCUUAACACUUUGGUGUACCCAUUCAUGAGGCCUACAAGUCUCUACAUGAUUGGCUCAAAAGCCGAGUGCCGUUAGUCAAACUGCAAUCCUAAUGGAAGCCGAGCUAUACAAACUGUAAACCAAAAUCUAAACUUGACUUGACUAAAUGACAGACUAUAUGAUUUCUUCACACGAAGCUCUUUGUGCCCAUUGUAUAUUUGGUCAAAGAUUGUAGGUUUACGGUCUACAAACUAUAUAAUUAUUACUAAUUAUAGGCUUAUUUUUUACAGGUUUGAAGAAGCAUUUAUUACCACUCACCUAAAAGGUGCAACAAAACCUUUAUGGAUAGGCAUGAACAACCUGCAUAGAUAUUAUAACUACUUCUGGGUUGAUAAUUCAAUUGUUGAUUAUUUGAAGUGGAAUACAAGGGAACCGCGAUGGGGUUCGAAUAGAUGUAUCGAGAUCGUUCCAUAUCGUUGGGCUGCUGGUCGAUGGAAUUCUGCAUAUUGUUCUAAAAUGAAUGGAUACAUUUGCAAAAAAGGUUCGUUUGUGUGCGCGUUUGUCUGACAUCGCGAUAAUUCAAAAAAUAUCAAACAUAUUAAUAAUACGAAACCUGUGGGACUAAUAGACAUUUUUAGUAUUUUUGCACACUCGAGUGAACAUAACAAAUCCUACAAGUUGAUUGGUCAAAUUUGACGUAUUAAGCUGUUACAUUCUCCUACUGGUGAAUAUAACUAAACACAUCUUUUCUUGGCGGAAGUAACUAUAUUUUUUCAAAUGCGUUUUUUUCCACCCACUUUCAAAAUUCACCCAUCAUUUUUUUCAUGAGAUUUAAAUUUGAUAUUUCCAGCGGCUUCAAAGACGCCGGUGACGCCAACGCCUACUCCUAAAGGUAAACGUUUUGCUAUCUUAAACCAUAAUUAAGAAUAAAUACUAAACUAUCAAAUACUAUACACUGUUGUUAAUUUCGAGGAGUUGAUUUAAUUCCGAUGGAGCUAUUUUGAACCUAAUUUUACUGAACCUUUUAUUUGCUAUGUUUUCGGCUUGCAUGGUAUAUGCAAAAAUGGUCGGUUCAUCGUCAUGUGUAUAUUGUUUUUUUUGCCCUACCAACUAUAAUAGCAGCGUGUUGAUUAAAUUACCCAGUUGUUAUAUUACAAGAUGGUUAAUUGAAAACAUGAUAUAGCUAUUGGUUAAUUUGGCGAAAAUACAAUACAGAUGAUGAACCGACUAUUUGUUUGGCAUAAGCCAAGCUAGCCUGCGUAUAGCAACCAUAGAUAUUUUAUAUACACUAGAUAGUGCAUGUAAUUAUUCUGCAAUUCAAAAAUUGAAGCCGUGAUUGCAGGCUCAGGCUAUUCCCAUGAAAUGAAACAGGAAACUUAAACAUUAAGUUAAGCCUAUUCCAAAUACAUUUUUAAACUAUUCAAAUUAUGAAAGUUAUUGUUGUUUUUUAAGCGUUUAUUAGCGAGUGGGAAACUCCAAUAUGGCCGCCACCUAUUCAAAUGGGGGUAACCGCUGGAAUAUUAUUGGCUUCAAUUUUACUAAAAGAGAUGCGCUAUCUAGUGUAUAUAAGAUAUCUAUGAUAGCAAGCGGCUGCUACGCAGGCUAAAACCAAGAAUUAAAAAAUAUGGAUAAUAUAAUAAAAUCACGAGCAAUAGGAGAGGUGCAUGCAUUGUUGUUAAACGGUUAGAAAGUUAGAAACAGUAUAUUACAUACUCACUUAUAAAAUAUUAAAAGGAAUGAUCAGUGCAUAAUUCCCUUUUUAUUAGUAUCAAACUGCGAAAAAGGCUAUAAAAGUUACGAUAAAUCCUGCUUCAAAUUUUUCAACACUAAGAAAACUUUCGACGAUGCCAGGGAAGUCUGUCAAAAGGAUGGUGGUGAUUUAAUGAUCGUUGAUAGUCAAUUUAGACAAGGUAAUUAAUAUAUAAGAAUACUUUUGAACCACAUUGCUGCUCCCAAAUAAAGGUUUGUUUUGUGCAGACUGCUUAUUCCACUAAACUAGAAAAUACAUGCAUGCAGAAACCCUCGCCUUACUGACAAAAUAUUAUGUUUUUUGAAUAUGAAGAAUUGAAAGUAGUUGUCAUGGUAACACGAUAAUUUUAAGAAUUGUUUUAUUAAAAUUGAAAAAUCCCCCCAAAAUAUCACCGUUAAUAACAAAAUUAUCAAUUUCCCAAAGGAAUCAAUAUUAAAGAUACUCUGAAAUUAUAUGCUGUCUUGUUUAGUUGUUUCAUAUACGCAAAGGCCGUCGGGUUUUAAUUAAAGCAAUUAUAAAAUCAAUAUUUAAAACAAACUUAUACCUUCGUUAACUUCGGCUCCCUUCUUUUAGCCGAUUCUUUCGCCCUUUCUUUCUUUCUUUCUUGAAAUUUACACAAUCUUUCAAAAAUGCGAGCAAAAAUGAAAUAUAUUUGCAAGAAAUUUAUCAAUCAUCAAAUCAAGAAAUGUUUGCUAUUUCGCUGUCGUCAUGCAGUCGUUAUAAUGCAAACUUUAAAUUGGACCAAUCACAGUGUUCGCUAUUCAUGAUCAUGUCAGUCCGCCAUAUUUUUGAGAUCAGUGAGGAUGACCACCCACGCACAGUGAGCCACGCCCGCGAUCAUUGGUGAACUUUAGACUUCGCUAAUGCUUUCGUUUCCCCGGGUGUAAAUAGCCGGGGGGAAUUAGUACCCUCGCACGGCGCUUCGCGCCGUCGGCUCGGGUAUUAUUUCUUUGAUCACUCCAAAUUUUACGGAUUCUUGAAUGACACCACUUUUUUUUAACCUCCUCCAAUCUAGACUCAGAAAGUCACUUUAUAUACAAAGAACAAAAAUAUCAUACAUUAGUACCAAAGAACAAAGUGAUUACUGCAUGACUUUUUUUAUCUCAUGGAUUAUGACAUGUUACGCGGGAAGAAGCAAGAAUCAAAUUUAUAUAGUCGGAUGUUUGUAGUCUGCAUGAAUGCAUACAUGCAUAGAACAAAAUGGCUCGUUACCUUAUAUGUACGGCGAGCACGUUAUCGUAGAGGAGCUGUAAUUGCCCAUGACAAUUUACAUGCAGAUAAAAUAUGUUCCAAUUCACGUUUCAUACAAAAAUAUUUGCUAUUCGGCUCAUAUUUAGAAAGACCUCAAAGUCGUCACUUCAUGAGGCUCUGUCGACGCGUCGUAUUAUUUACUCCUUUCAGACCUUUUGAGUACUGCAUGCACGUUUUGGUUUUUGCACAGACAAUAUAAUGCUCUUGUGUAUACCUUGUAAUAUAUUCACGGUAAAUUGAACUUGCAUGUCUCAUUUCACGUGGAAAAAAGUAAUAUUAUUACGAAUUACGAUUCACCGGAACUACAUUAAUAACAAUUCACAGGAAAUUUCAAAAGGGCAAUUCGCGCCUUACAAAAGACCUUUCACCAUCUUCAAUUGAUCGUAUAGUCAAAAAUUACCAUUAUCGCCUUUAGAGCUAGCUAACUUGUGUUGUCUAGUAAGUAUAUCUGUUCUCACUUUGCUCAAUAUUAAAAGGCUUUGUUCUCACUUUCACUUUGCUCAAUAUUAAAACCAGUAGAUGAUUGGGUUUUUGUAAUUGCAUUUGGAAUGGAAUUUCUGUUUCUUCCCCAAGCGCCAUAUCUUAAAUUUUUCUUAAUAUAGUUUUUCUGUUUGUGAUUUGAUCCAAUACUUUUGUACUCUGAUGUUAAAAAACCCCGAGAAGAAUUCACAAAAUUAGUAAAACUAAACAAAACUUUAAAUGUUUACCACACAUACAUGACAGGCAGUGUAUGAAGCGAAAAAAUUGAUGUUUUUCAAUUUAAUCGAUGUUUGCUUUUGCAUUUAAUCGAUGUUUGCUUUCGCACAAAAACCGGGAAACCGACGAACACCAUUAUUACAUUAUUAUAUAUACACUUCGACUUCGUGUAACCAGAUUUAAAUCUUACUGAUUCGGUUUGCAUUAACAGUAAGAUUAGAAACAUACCCAAUUUUGGUAGUCAGUGCAUGAUAACCAAUUUGUAGUGAUAAAGCUUUAAAGUAUAGUGAUAAAUACUUUCAAGUACGUGUGCGGUGAUAAACAGUAAAAAUGUGCAGUGAUAAAAUUUGUUGUGAUAAAUUCGUAAUUAAUUAGUAGAACUCAGGCACGAAAACCUUGGAAAUAAAUUUACAGCCCAUACCUGAAUGUCCUAUCGAGAUUAAAGGUCCUCGGAAUCUACCGAUGGAAUUAACCCCGGUUUAUUCAUUUUCAAUUCUAUAUAUUCAGGCUAUAUAUGCGGUAAAAUUGUCUUUGGGACUGGGGGUAUCAGUAGUAUACCGGAUUGGCUGACCCCUAUUCUUUAUGGAAUGUGCCGUGAUAACAUUUAAUUUCAAAAAUUUGGGAGGGAUUGGAGAAGGCUUGAACAUAUCGAACAUUUUUCGUUAACAUAUUUUUGUCUUCAACAUGUUUUUGAACAUAUUUCUCUUCAACAUAUUUUUGUCUUCAACAUGUUUUUGAACAUAUUUCUCUUCAACAUAUUUUUGUCUUCAACAUAUUUUUUCAAAAGAGGUUUUUUUUCAAAAAGAUUUUUUGGUUUCGGACGGUUUUCAUGUUCGUAAGAAUCAUCUCAUCCCAUAAAUUUUCUAGAAUUUUGAUUUCGAACUUGGUAUUUGCAACUUUGUUUUCCAAUAAUUUAAACGAUUCACGCUGACAACGAACACUUAGCUAUCGAGACAGUUAUGCUUAAUAAUUUGGGAAUAUAUCAGUACUGUUCUCUGCAAUGUCAAUCGUAUAUCAUUGAAUAAUGCCUAUUUUAUCGUUUGUAAUUUCUGCAGCCUAUCUUAUCUAUGUGUUGGAAAGAUAUAUUGGCAAUGUAUGGAUUGGUUUUUAUCACGAGCCAUAUUCCGUAUUCAAGUUUGUCGAUUACCGUUCUGCAGCACACACGUAUUGGGGAUCAGGACAACCAAGCCGUCAACUUAGUCAACGAUCUUGUACUCAGGCAAAUAUAACUGGAUUUAAUUUUGGUGUUUGGGAUGAUGUAGACUGCGGCACGACCAAUCAAUUUGUUUGUGAAAUUUACAAAGGUAGUUUUGACAUAUCUUUUGCUAUUUCGUUCUGGCUUUAAACUUGGACAGGAUCUAUAUUCCGAGGCAGGGAUGAAAUUAUUUCAAUACCUACUUUGACUUUGUUGGUGUAGAGUGCACUUUAUUUUUACGGGAAGAUUCAAACGAGUCAGUCAUAUAGAGAUGGGUAAUGCAAACAAUUCUGGACUUAAUUUGCUUCUGAUCGAUAUGCAAUUGAUUUGUUUAAUUCAUUACCUUUUUACUUCACUCUUUAUUAUAAUAACUCCUAAGGGCUGUGUAUGCCCUGAGAUACGAUAUCGGGGAAAAUGAUAUACGAAAACAACGAAUUUGCAAUGAUAAAGUAGGUACCCUAACGACGCCCGCAUGCGAUUUUAGCGGGAAGUGCGAAGCUAAAAGAAGUAAACAAAAGUAAUCAGUAUUUUUUGUAACUCGUCUUUUAUAAAGUUCAUAUAUAUUGCGCUGGCUAAUAGAGCACAGGUUCAUUGUUAUAAUAAACACUGAGUAACUAUAAAUUACAUACAUUUUUAUUUGUAAAUAUUAUGGUAAUAUCAUACUAGAAGUUCUAAUCUCUUCCUAUAUUAUAGUAAAUAUAUUUUUGUAAAUAUACAAUAUUUUUCUAAUCAACCAACCCUGUAAUGAUAGAUGUAUUUCAACCUUCAUGGUUGCAAAGUCUAUUUUUUUAUUAAUAAAUUCAAAAAAAAAAUUAACUAAUCUUCCAAUUAGCGAACUAAAGAAAGCGAAAUGCCGUAAUAUGUAUCCAUCGCAGCCUAGCCUGUUGGACAUUUGCCAACCUUCCCUAUACAAUCUUAUUCUUUUUAAUACUUACCCUAAUAUGUUUUGUUGUCUUUUCUAGGAGAACCAAAGGUUACCAUUCCAUGUAAGAAAAAUAUAUUUCAUACAUAAAAUCGCCCAAAAUGUAUUUGACACUCGAAUUUCAAAGAAUAUCAUUGAAGCUUUAAACAUAACUCAUCAUUAAAAAGUUGAUAACUUGAGCCUUAAAUUGAAUAUGAAAUAUCAUUUUUUAUUAAUUGACCCUUUCGGUUUGGAAAGACCGGAUCAAACGAGCAUGAGAUGAUGAGAGUGCAUGAGAGUUGGCAGGCAAGCGACCUUGGUUAGCUGUUCUUAUUAUAUGGCAAGCAUCAUUUCCAGUGAAAUUGCGGACUGUGAUUGGCUGAGAAGCACUGUCAGCAUUAUUUUCCCAUAAUGGACCGGCGGUCCAUUACGUGGAAAGGAAGAAUACAUUGGUAUUUUUUGUUUUCGUCGAUCAAAUGUGUACCACGCUACUAAUAUGCAUUUCAAAUCAUGCAUUUCUUGUUUGUUUCAAGUAUAAAUGCCUAAAUGCCAUAUAGGGUCUUGGUCUUUACAGAGAAAUGCCAUAUAGGGUCUUGUUCUUUACAGAGAAAUAUCGGACCUCCGUCUUUUUAUACAAACCUCGCCCUACGGGCUCGGUCUGUACAAAAAAGACCUGGGUCCGAUAUUUCUCUGUAACGACCUCGCGCUCGGUUAAUAAGAAGUUAUUAUUGCUUGUUGCUUUUACAUUUUGAACUCAAUGCUAUACAGUUGUAAAAUAUUAUAUAUAUAUAUAUAUAUAUAUAUAUAUAUAUAUAUAUAUAUAUAUAUAUAUAUAUAUAUAUAUAUAUAUAUAUAUAUGAUUUUUAACACUCUUCUGGUGUGGUGCGCUAUCCUUGUAAAUGAACGCAGACUAGAGAUUCAAUUCAAGAAAGUUCGGAAGGUGCGAAAUAUUAAUAACAUUCCAAAGGUCGGGUCCCGACCAUUGGAAUGUAGGCCUGCGCAGAACGGUCUUUACAUGGUCUUUAAGUUAAAACACACUCAUGCAUCAAACCUUUAUUUUGUCAAUUUGGAGCUUACAAUACCCUAAUAACAAUGCUCAUGUAAGUGCCAACUCUUAUUCACUCUCAUUCUCGUUUGACCUUGGCUUAAUUUGAAUAAUUGAAUUGCUUGGGUGAAUGGUCUUGAACGAUCUUUGUCAGUCUAGGUUGUCGCAAUAAUACGAAAGCUACUAUACAGGGUGUAUAAAAAAACUGGGCAAAUAUGAAUUUGCUCUCAAUUUCGCAAAAUAGCCAUUAGUAUCCAAUUUUUGAUGUAUAUAGCUUCUUUGGAUACUUAUAAUGUACAAUAAUGGAAAAAUUUUCUCGACCUCAAAUUUUGUGAACCAGGGAGGUGUGUCUUUUCCAACAAACUAAAAAUGGCUUGUGCACGAAAUUUAAAAGCUUUAAUCAUAUUUUGAGUUAAUAGAUAUACAAUUUGUUGGGUUUUUAAUUACUGUACAAAAUUUCAGACAAUUUGCUUUAGUUUAAGCUCUUGAACUUUUCAUUUUUUCCGGCUAAAAAAUCAGCCUUUCGCAUGCUUAAUUGUGCCUUUACCUAAUUUGCAUAUUGCUGACAUAUGCAAAUUAGGCAAAAGCAUAAUUAGCAUGCAAAUAGCUGAUUUUCUAGGAAAAAAUGUAAGUUUGUGUGAAUAGUUAAAGGCUUAAACUAAAGCAAAUUGUCUGAAAUUUUGUACAGUAAUUAACAACCUAACAAAGUUUCCAUCUAUUAACUCAAAAUAUGAGUUAAGCUUUUAAAUUUCGUGCGCAAGCCAUUUUUAAUUUGUUGGAAAAGACACACCCCCUGGUUCAAAAAUUUGAGUUCGAGAAAUUUUUUUCAUUAUUCUAUAUUAUAAGUAACCAAAGAAGCUAUAUACAUAAAAAACUGGAUACUAAUAGGUGUUUUGCGAAAUUGAGAGCAAUUUUAAAUCUGUUCUGUUUUUUUUUAUACACCUUGUACUUCCUGACGUAGGGCCUUCGCUCGAAACGUCGAAGUCCUCGUUGUAUUUUUCAGGUAUAGUCGCAUCCCCCUGUCAAUCCGACGUUUUGGUGAAUGGUGCAUGCAUGUAUAUACAAUCAAAAUAAGUGUAAAAAAUUGAAAACGUGUCAUCGGUCUCUUUGCGAUUUGGCAUCUUAAUCAAAACAUCAUCUUUUUAUUAGAUCCUGCAUUACGUCAAUGCCAUAUUUUUCAACAUUCAGCUAUUUCGUCUUGUUUCGUUUUAGUAACAUCAUUUAUUUAAUCACGGGAUAUAGCUUCACAUAUUGCCAUAAUUUCUCAUUUCUUUUUUGAGAGUGUCAUGUUACCGUAUUUGUAUCAUCACGCUUUACUCCAAAAAAUCCAUUAAUUGCUUGUUAAAUUAAGCAUUAAAUUAUUGUUUAGAUUAUUUUUGCGGGUUAUGCAGUAUUCCCAAAUUCAGUUUAGUUACCUUUCAAUGACUACACCAAUAGUGAAUGGUUAAAGUAACUAAUUUUUUUAUUCUAGUAAACGGGAGCUGUCCUGUUGGUUGGAAAUAUUUUAAUAAGCACUGUUACAAGCAUUUCUCGAUAUCACGAACGUGGGCGGCGGCUCAGUUUGUUUGUGCUAGCACUGGUGCAAAUUUACUCAGCAUUCAUGAUGACAGAGAGCAAGAUUUCUUGAUCUAUUAUUAUCAAGCCUCACAUUCAUCUAACAUUUGGACAGGUUUGUUGAAAGUUUAUAAAGGUCAAAUAUCUUUUCGUAAUGUUUAACAACAUGCAUGAGCGGCCGCAUGCAUGUGUUGAAUAAAGGAAUACCGAAAGUCUCGUAACAUCUCGCCUGCAUGGCUGACGCUAUCCUGUACGGAAAACCAUUUGGUAUUCCUUUAAUAUAAGACGUCGCAAAAAAUGCAAUAGCUGUGUUCCAAAUUUUUACACAGCUAAUAAAAUUGGACCACAGCAAUUGAAUUUUCUUGGGGACACCUUGUAUAUCAGGUCACAACCUCAUAUCCAGGGACUUUUCUAUUGGGGAGCAAAGACCCUGGUAGACGAUGGUCACGUGAUCUGCUAAAAUCUAGCAGAUUUUUAAUUAGCAAUCCAAGACCAGGUCAAUAAACAUUUGAUAUUUGGAUUAUUUUGAUAGUUUAAUUUAUAAUUUGCAUUUUGUAUGAUUGUCGUGAAGAAAACCAAGAUAGUUAAUUAGAAAUCUGCUAGAUUUUAGCAGAUCACGUGACCAGCAUCUACCAGGGUCUUUGCUCCCCAAGAGGAAAGACCCUGGGUACGAGGUUGUUCCGGUCAUUAUGUAUACUCAUAUAUGACAUUGUUCAUGAAAAGUCAUAUUUCAUGAAUACUGAAUCUUGAAAUUUCAGUACUUAUAAAACUUCCGUCUUUGUUUAAUUUAAAAGUAAUAUACAACCUUUCCAUAUCGUUAUUGGUUUUCGGUAUAAUCCGGCCAAAUACACAAUGUUUUUAUUUUUACUGAAGCUCGAUAUUUUACGCUAUAUUUCCAAUUGUUCUGACUAUGUUGUGACAUAUUAAAAAAGCUUCUCUCAUAGAAAUGCAGUCAUAGUAAUUUUAACAGGAUUAUAUCCUUGCUGUUUCUGGUAAAAAAUAACUUUAAAACCAAGCACGAUAGAAAAUAUUGUAAAAGGCAUUCAAGUAUUAUUCUCAAAGAUCUUUCAAUUGAGACAAACUAAUUUUUUAUUCCCAUCUGGCGGUGAGGUUAAUUUACAACAGACGGGAAAUUGUUUUGUAUUGGUUGGGCCAUGAACGUCGUGAAGAGUUUUGUCCGCCCCCUAUAAAGAUUUUUCCUCCCGUACGCGUACGUUUCUGUCUUACAGUUACAUUUUUUCAAUCUAUAAUCUUAGGUUUCACACUACAUAUGUUUUUAUUGUUAAGGUUUGAACGAUCGAGCUGUGGAAAGAGGAUACACAUGGAUAGAUAAUAGUCCAUUAGACUAUAUCAACUGGCAUGAUGGUGAGCCGAACGAUUACACAGGCCAUGAAAAUUGUAUCGAAAUGCAAACAAGAAGUGGACAAUGGAAUGACUUGUCCUGCAGAUAUUACCGCCCAUUCAUGUGUAAAAAGAAUAUAGGUGAGAAAAUAUAUAUGUUGGUAUUUUGCAGCCAAAUACUCAUUUAUGAAUUGUAAUUAUAUUUCCAAACGGUUCGCAAAAAUGCCAACCAUAAACUAUUGGAAAAUAGAAAAUAAUGCAUGCAUCCGCACCUUGACCAUUACAUCGACCCAUGUGGAGCGGGGAUGACAUUGUGACUUCACACAUCGACCCAGGCUGUGCAUUAGUUAUAGGAUAACCCCCAAACUAAUAUAGGCAAGUUUUGUGAUUGCAGAUGGGUAGGGAUUCAACUACCUGGAAAAUACGAGCGAAGGUCGUAAGUUAGCAGCUAGAAAGUUAGUAGCCUACUAACUUUUCAACGAAGGGCCGUCGCUCGAAACGUCGAAAUUUUACUUCUAUUUUUCACGUAGUUGAAUCCCUACCCAUCUACAGUUCUUUGGUGUUUUUGUCACUACCUACGCUGGCACAGACUGUUGAAGUUUUGUGAUUGCUUUGGGGCCAUUCACAAAGGAUGUCCGAGCCGAGGGGGGGGGGGGGGUUUGGAAAAUCAGGACAAACUCGGACAUAGGGGGGAGGGGGCGUGUUUAGCAAUCCGGAUGUCCGAAAUUUAAAAAAAUUCAAAAACAAAUUUCUUUUUCCCUCUAUUUUGAGCAGUCCUUCCCAUUGUGAAAUUGGCAUUUGACUAUGCGGUUAACACUAGAUUUUGUUUUAAUUAGUAAUUUAUAUGUUUUUGUGUUCACAUUUACAGUUAUAAAAAAGUUCUAAAAGUAAAAAGUUUUUUACUCUUGAUAUAUACAAGGUUGCGUGAGUUUUUGCGAGGCAUGGCGGAUGUCCGGGGGGAGGGGGGUCACUAAUUCGGACAAUGCCGGACAAGGGGGGGGAGGGGGGUCUGAAAAUCCAUCAUUUGGCCGGACAUCCUUUGUGAAUGGCCCCUUUGCAAAGCAAAGCUGGUCAGCGUUUGUGAUUCGUUCAUCAGAAAUGUUUUAUUUAGUUUUAAUUUGUUGUGUUUCAUAUUGUCAUGUUUAUAUGAAUUAUGAAACCGAUCACAAAACCAAUUAUUAUGCAUGCCCCAACUACGCUGGUUAACAAGGAUUUUAAUCUUUUCAACUUCAUUCUUCCUUUUUCCAGAAUGCUCCGCAGAUAUUCCACUAGACUCUUCAAUGGUUACAGUAACUGAUACUUACAAUGCAACCAGUAUGGGUGCGGAUAAAGCCAUUUUAACUGAUCUAAAAGACUACAGUUCUGCUUGGUGCACCAAUAACACAUCUGGAACAUCAAAAAUCAUGGUGAGUGAUUCAGAUGUGUAUUUUGUCACAACACUGAUUUUGUCACAAUUACGUAGUAUGUCGCCUUGACUGUAGGCAAAACCUGCAACCAUCGUGUGAAAAUGGCAAACAAUUAUGGAAAAACUAGCAAACAGCAAUAAUGGCAAAUAUAGAGGACACGAGUAAUAAUAAGGCUAAUUAUACUAGCAAUAGGAGACAAUAACAAAUCUAGCCGUGGCAGUUCUCCGGCAUUUCUAGUCGUACUGAUAGUUAGUGGCAUUAGAAUACACUAUAUAGUUGUCUAUAGAUUGCCAAAACAAAAUGAAAAAUAAAUGGACUAUCUAUAUCCCAAUUCCCAAAGUACAGAAAAAUGAGUGGGAAAAGGGCAAAUGGAUAAAAAGCAGCUACGAGGCACUCGUUGUAAGCUAAUAGAUCAAAGGCAAAAACGCACGCUGUAGCUGAUAUUUUGUCAGUAAGCAUUCUAAUUAUAGUAUCUCAAGCAAUCCAAAGCGUCCUGCCUGAUUAUAACUACGUAAUUGUUACCGGGAACAGGAAGUGAUCAGAGAUAUAAAUAGUGUUUAUUUCUACUAAGCCCCCAGCGGUUCUCGAUGGUCUAGCGGUACAGCGUCUAAGUCCUGAAAUGUUUUGUUAAAAAAUAGUUUAUUUUAAACAGGUCAGGGUUAGUCUGGUUAGAGUAGGAGUUAGGUAUCGGGUAAGGGUAAGGGUAAAGGUAAGGGUAAGGGUUAGGAUUAAUGUCACGCUAUGCAAGCGAAAGGAUGCCGUUUUGAUUCCUCACAGGGAAAAAAUGCCGCUCUGUAUUUUAAUCCUACGUAGCACGAGAAUCUCCCCUCAUCAGAGACCGCAGGAAUGAAUUUGCUGUUGACUUCACUUAAAUCUACGUUUUGUUACAUGAAAAUAUUUUCUGUUAUCAACUAUACUGUAGAUUUUAAAAAGGGCAAGAACGAUUUAAGUUUGUCGAAGCCCCGAAUACGUUUCGUAUGAAUCAGGAUGAAAUAGGUUGGUGGUCCCCUUCUCCCACCUAAACACAAAUCUUCCUUAAAGUUAAAGAAAAUAUUCUUUCCUGUUAAAUUGUUCCAAUCCAAAGUUAUUACCAAACUAAACACGAAGUUCUUAUCAUUGCGGUAUGCAAAGUAUGCUAAUUAGAUGCUGAAUAAAUAAUGACCACUUUUUAUUUUAGGUUGAUUUCAAAGAGUUAGUCCGUGUAACUGGAAUCACAGUCAUGGGACUACGUUCUCAGUUUGUUAAAUCUUUCCGUAUUGAUUACGAACGUGAUGAAAAUUGGCGUAUAUUUUAUCCAAACAGAAAUUUCCAAAGUGUAAGUAAAAACAUGAUACUAUGUAGUUAUAUUAGCGCACUAGCCCCAGCCCCAACCAACAGUUGCAUCCAACCAGCUACUGCAGGUCGAGGUAUUAUUUCCCCGGGGAACAUGGGGUGGAACAUUGACAAAAGGAGCGCAGGCUCGCUAAUUGAUAACGUAAGGCGUGAUGUCGCGAUUAAUUUCAUGCUCACGUGCCACAAACUGAGCUUCCUGAUUGGGCAAUUUGAAGUUACCAUAUGUACCUACGCUAUGAUUUUGUCCAGCUCUCAUGUAAACGGUUUCCAGCAAAAGGGUGAAGUCAUCCUAGAAAAAUCUAGACCUACCCCUUUCAACAAGCAGAACAGGAUGUGAAGCGCUGGCAAAUAUGAGGCUUUAUAAAUGGUUAGUCAAGCUAUUCGAUACCUGAAUGGCAAGUGAGGCAGGGGCACUAUUAAAACGAUUACUGGAAAAUGGGAGUCCUUAGGCUGACCGCUCCCUAUUUAGGGACAGCCAGCUCGGCAGUCUUAGCUCAAACGUUAUGAGGUAGAUUAGAUACAGCCGAACUUGUACACACAAAUCGUAACCCUUUAAUGUGUUGAUACUUGCAGGAUAUACAACUGUAUUCGACAUACACUUCAAUUACCAAGACGUUCAAAUAUCCAAUGGCAGCAGAUGGACUAUCUAUUACUCCAAUCACGUGGUCAGGAGACCUGAUUUGUAUGAAAAUACGACUACAAGGAUGUGCAUAUGGUGAGGAAAAAAAAUAAAGUAUAUAGACCCUAAUUAAUAUAUAGGUCAUUUCUAUUAACAUGGCCAGACUGGUCAGAUUAAUAAAUGGAAUACAACAUUUCUGGGUUGAACUGGUUUGACUGGAAAAUCAAAUCGAAGCCCGUUAUGGAUUGGUUUACGGGAAAUUUCGCGCAGACCUUCCUAUCAAUAUACAGAAUAACAAAGUAGGCUACAAAAGCUAAAAGGUCUUCGUUUCAAAAGUCUAUGAUUGACUCUAAAAUUUCUGGGAAUAUAAAGUUUCCAAUGGCAAACUGCUUUUUUUUUGCAUCAAUUGCAUGUACAUUUUCAUUUGGAAAAGGUUUCCUUACUCAAAUUUACAUUGCUUUUCGUCCUUCGAACUCGUUCCAGUAGUCUAUCUAAGCAAAUUUGGGAAGCGUCCACUUUUCUUCUUAUAUUAAUGAGCCGCUCGAUAUGUUUUCUCAUGUUUCUUUUUCUUUUUUUACGUUCUUAGUGUGUCAAAGGCAGCUAUUCGAGUCCGUUCCUGAAUUAAUAAACGACAAUGUGAUGACGGCAUCGUCAGCGGAAUAUCCAACGCACGCACCAAAACAAACUGCAAUACAAGGACAUACCUGGUGUGCUGAGGUGUGCGCUUUUGAAAUUUUUGUAAUAGGCAAUCAAAUACCAGCUAAACAUUUGAAACUUGAAAUGGAAAAGUAUUUUACAAUAAUAAGUUCACAUCAUAUAAACAUUAAAGACAAUGUACAUAUAUCAAAGUACUUGAGAAGGCUAGCAACCAUUUAACUCUUGGACUUGGAAUGCAAGCGUUAUAUGAUCAAAUAUCUUUAUUCCGGUUACAAUUCUUGCGGUUGCAACACCUUUGUGCUUCAAGAUAUUUUUCGUUUAUGUAUUCGACCACACCGAUGAGCGAAAAUAUGUUACUACUAUAUAGCAAGUUGAUUCAAUACAUUGCAAUUUUGGCUCAGUAGAAUAUACAACCCUAUCGUAAAACAUGUAUGAAAUUCUUGUUCUCUAUAAAAUGGAUUAUUAAUAAUUUAUCUAUUGACAGAUUGCGAAUGGGGUUCGUUGGUGUAACUUACUAUACAACCAAUUAGGCAAUAACGAAUACAACUAUUAACAAAUAGUGCCUCUUAAUAAACACUCCUGCCAAAAGAUAGGCCUACAUAUAUGUUAUUUACUGGCUGCGAGGUCCGUAUACUGAAAAAUAUGUUUUUUAGUACCAGAGACCGACCUAAAUGGUAAAUAACGUGUUUGUUUUUUAUUUCAUGGUUCAUCGUUAUAAUGAAAUUCCGAUAAAAUUCCAGUUGCGAAGUACAUUUGAGAUCAGUUGCGUUUGUUGCUUUAGUCAAGAAUGGCCAUGGCUGACAAACUGUUAAAACGACGCGAUAAAAGUUGGAUAAAAAGGUUUUAGUUUGGGGUAGGUAUUUUUCGAGUUAAGCCCUUCGAGUUAAGCCCUUUUCGAGUUAAGCCCUUGCCACGCCCUUUUUCACCGGGGGCUUAACUCGAUGAACACAAGGUUGUUUUAGUACUUCGAGUUAAGCCCCGGACCUUAACUCGAACUCAAUUAACGAUUUAAGCAUUCGAGUUAAGCCCCGACAUUUGGCGGAUGUAAACAAGUAACACGUGACUAUAUUCUCACAAAAAUAUUCGCAAAUAAGGAGGGAGAAUGUAAAAUUUCAGCAAAUUUUUUAGGAAAUAUCUCUUUUGCUUUGCCUACAGAUUUAUACAUCAAUGACAAUGACAUCGUGAAAUAAGAAAACUCAAUGCGAUUUGUUAUAAACAAUAGCUCAUUCAGGGCGGCAAUGUACAUUUGCAUUAUAGACUAAAUUUUGGUCUAGACAAAAAUUUCAUCACAGCUUGGAAGAGCAUCACAAAAUUAGUAAUAUUCCAAAGUUUCGUUGCGAAAUGUUGUAAAAUGCGGAUAAUAUAGCCCUGCGACGUUUGCCGUUUUUCAGUCAUUUUGUAUUACGCACGGGAAAUUGACAACCCAAUCGGGUGUUGGGGCAUCUGUUUGUCUAAACCAAAAUUUAGUCUAUAAUGCAAAUGGUCCAUUGCCGCCCUGAAUGAGCUAUUGUUUAUAACAAUCACAUUGAUUUUUCUUGUCAUUGUCAUUGAUGAAUAAAUCUGUAGGCAAAGCAAAAGAGAUAUUUCCUAGAAAAAUUGCUGAAAUUUUACACUCUCCCUCCUUAUUUGCGAAUAUUUUUUGUGAGAAUACACGUGCCACUUGUUUAUAUCCGCCAAAUGUCGGGGCUUAACUCGAAUGCUUAAAUCGUUAAUUGAGUUCGAGUUAAGGUCCGGGGCUUAACUCGAAGUACUAAAACAACCUUGUGUUCAUCGAGUUAAGCCCCUGGCGAAAAAGGGCGUGGCAGGGGUUUAACUCGAAAAGGGCUUAACUCGAAGGGCUUAACUCGAAAAAUACCUACCCCUUUAGUUUCAAUGCAAUAGAUUCUUUUCUACUCAACAGGACAACAGAAGAUAAACUAAGUAAAAUUCAGGGACGCCGGAACGAUAAAAAGGCAAGGGGGGGGGGCAAACGCACACCAAAGGGCACCUCUAUAGACCCUGGUGAAGAUAUAAACCUACAAUUAUGUGUUGACUUGCCAAUGAAAGCAAACGCACUUAAUCAGGUCACAUUCAAGAUCACAUUAUCAGGUAGUAUUUUUAUAACUCAAAGGGCACCCCUUGCCCCUCCUAGCAAAAGGCAAGAGGGGCAGUUGCCCCCCCCCCCCAGUUCCGGCGUCCCUGGUAAAAUUAUUUAUUUUCCGGAUCGUUUUACAGCAUGGACAUGAUUGAUCGGAGAAAAGUACAUUUCGGGCUAGUCCGUUGAAGUAAAUUCGUUGUAUUAUACUAUCUUUAGUAUCGAUAGCGUGGAUUUUUCGAUUUUUUGGGUCGUGUUCCUCGGUUUGUCGCUACAAGCCUACAACAAUAACUCUUUUGGACCACGGUCAAGAUAUCGUAGAAAGCUGUCCGCUCCUGCAGUCAAUCAGAUUGCAGGAAAUCAAAAAAUAUCACCAGGCAUGCAAAAAAAAAGAAUAAAUGUAAUUAUCUAUUUAAAAAUAAAUUGUUCCUCUAUGUAAAUAAUGGCUGGAUAAUUAUAGUUUCUUUAAAAUUGUUGGUCUUACAUUCUUUAUUUUAUUUAUGAUAACUUAAAAUGUUUUUGAACUCAUUAGAUGUUACUGCACUUAUGUAAAUGUAUAACUGACUGUAACUAAAUAAUAAUUUGACACAAAAUCAUAGAUAUAUAACUAAAGUACAAAUAAAUGAAAAUUAAUUGACAAUUUGUCUUUCUUGCUUUACUUUCAGAAAAACGACAAAAGCCCAUGGAUUCAAUUUAAGUUUGAUAAAGAAAGCGUCAUUUCGGUUAUUAGAACAUUUGGUGAUAGAAAAGAAAGUUAUGUAAUGACUUAUUCCAUGCAGUUUAGUGAAGAUGGAGAUACCUGGAUUGACUAUGUACAGCAUGGAGUUAAACGUGUAAGUACAAUUUGUCUGUCAAACAGAAGUAAUUUUUUCUCCAUUUAAGGCCCCAUAUCAUGCAGUUACACGAUACCGGAUUUGCUUUUUAUACGACAUCAACAUUAUGUCGUUCAGGAGUAGUAAUGUCUGCCCACAAAAUGUUCUCCUUUUAUCAGUUUUAUUUUUUCAUAUUAUCCCAAUUCUAAGUGUUCCUGAAAUAAAUAUUCCUGAAACGGUAUUAUUACUGAACCUUGGGAUUUUCUUUGGUGAUUAUCGUAAUGUAAUUAGUUUCAAAGGACCAAACAGCAAUGCCUUUCAACCUUUGAAAAAAAAAACAUGAUUGGAGGUGUGAACCUGUUUGUGUUUUCAUGCUAUUGUCACUGUCGUAGAGAAAGCCAAAUUCAGCCAAUCAACGUCCAAUAAAAUUGUGUAGUAUGCCACUAAGUUUGUAGUCAUUUUGUCACUAAAUCGAUUUCCGAUUCCAGAACGUUUUCACCGAGCGUUCACUUCAAAUUCAUAAAUAAUUAAUGACCUUGUAUCCAAUCAAAUUAUAAAGAUUAUGUAAUAUAUAAAGCAUGAGCGGCUGUGUUGUAUCAGAUAUACAAACUCGAGCCGAAGGCGAGAGGUUGUAUCAGAGUUGCAAAAAAGCUGCGGGCACUCUGGUACCACCCGCGAGGAAGGUUUAACAUAUGCGAGGUCAGUGAGGAAGGUUUAGUGGUCAAAGUCGCAAACACCAAAAAAGUAAAACAAAUAAAUCAUGGUGGAAUAGGCAGUUGAGGCUGACAGGUUGUGGUAGUACUAUUGCCAUAUAGUACCUACACCAGAUGACUAUGACAUUGGAGAAUAUUGAGAAGACAAUAACUGAAAAUAUUCUGUAAAAUUAAAAUGUAUAAGUGUCAAGCAUCAGAGGACAGAGGUGCCUUAAACCAUUGCACCACCAAUAGCAGGAGGCUAUUACUAAGAGCUAUUCAUCAUAGUUACAAUAAGAAAAUCAUAUUGAACAUUAUUAUAUUAUUCAGAGAUUAUUUGAUUACAUGAUUCCAAUAUCAUAGAGAAUAAUUACACUGACCUGAAAGGUCAAGUGUCUUAAUCCCUAAUUAUCUGUUUUUUCCUGGGUUUUUUUCGUCGUCGAGAAAUCGAGUUUGCGUUAGCGCAUCGCAGGCUCAGUUUCCAGUGUUCCACCAGUGGUCGGCACUAGAUCAUAGACAAGAUACGUACAUAUCUGAAACUACAAUACAUACAAGUCAGCGGUAUUUCAAGUGCCCUAAACUUUAUAUAAACGCUUAUAAACGCAAUAAACACAAAUGGAGAUUUAAAGAUUGCAUUAAACAAGAAACUAUUAUAUAUUUAUAUAGAUAAAUAGGUAUGUGCAAAGCGAAAUAUAUAUUUACUCUUAUUACUUAUUUGGGGUUAAUUUAAAAAUCAUCAUAAACAUUAUUAUAUAUACCGUAGCCAACGUGUUUUUAUUUUCCAAGGGAAAAAUAUAGCCCACAUGUAGCAUAGUAUUUAAUAAUAUUGAUGACAUAUUCAUAGGAAAACACAUGGUGGUCAACUUUGCACGUUUGUCGCUUUAUAUGCCUUGUGGAAGCGAGCAAAUUUUGUUAAAUGUUCUGUAUUUGCUAUUGAAUACAAGGUUGAUUAAUAUAAUGAAUAAUGAACUCAACCCAAUAACUGUGUUUCCUAGUUUUGGAGUUGACCACCAAGUGCUAAAGUGCCACAUGAUUGAGAUUGAAACCCAACUAUGGUCGCAUCACUGUUUAGUCUGUUAGUCACUCUUUUAAAUAUCUGCCUUGUGCAAUUGGCCAUUACUCAUUAGCAUUUGAAUCUUAUAGUCUGGCUUGGCUAAUUGACUAUUAGAGCAACAUAAAUAAUAAUUUUUUUACUAAUAAUUAGUAAUAAUUAUAGCUAGCUAGAGCCGGGGGAACCCCCCCCCCCCAGAAAAUAUUGCCCCCCCCCGUACAUCUAACUUUUGUAUGCCUUGGUUAAGCUGUCCCUUCCCCUGGGUCCGCAAAUUUAAAAUUUCAAAGUCUGAGUGCAUAUUUUUGGAAAUACAAUAUUUGAAUUUUUCAAAUAUUGAAAAAUAUUUUAGUAUUUAUUCAAUUUAUUUUGAGGAAGGUUUGAAAACUAAUUUAAAUUUUACCCGGAAGAAAUUUGAACAGAUUGUGCAACUCUGGGUUGUAUGUCUUUAUACAACACUGACGCGAAUGCUUCCUGAUAUAGCUUGUGAAACGUCUCGAUGAGAACAUUCGUAUUCCUCAACAAUUUGAAAUAAAUAAUGAGAAUUAACUUAAAGUUUAUGUAAAUCAGCAUGAUUCUGUAUCAGAUAUACAAACUCCCUCACGCUCAUGAUUUCUUUGUGUUUUCUUCAUGAAUUAUUAAUGAGUUUCACAAGUUAGUACUAGAUAAAUCAUGAGCAGCCGAUUUGUAUCAGAUAUACAAAAAUUACCCAUCUUACGAGUUUAUUGGCGAAGUAAUUUUAAAAAUAAACAUUGUCUAUAAAUCCGAGAAAAUCAAAGCUGAAGUUUAUGUAAAUCAGGACAAUUCUUUAUCCGAUUUACAAACAUUGAUUAAACAUUCAUUUCUUUUGUAUUUUCCUCGUGAAUUAUUAAUGCAUUUUUAAGUAAUCAUAUAAGUACUACAGGGUGUAUCGAAAACCUGCAAACCUUUGAAAUACAAUGUUUUUUAGAAUUUGCAUAAUUCAGAACUAAUUGAUCCCAAGCGUGCGUAAACACAAUAGUUGACCCAUUCGCAGUCGAACUGAUAAUUAGUUUUCUGCAUCACAAAUAACUUUGUGUUAUUCUAAUCUCUAUCAACGCAGUUAAUUAGAAUGUAUUUUCAAAUCCCAGGAGCAAAACAAGUAGCACAGACAUUGAAAUGCUAGUAAGCAGCAGAAUUAUGCAAAUUAUAGUGUUUGCAGGUUUUUGAUAUACCCAGGGGCGUAGCCAAGGGGGGGCAAGGGGGGGCGGUUGCCCCCCCCCAAUCGCAAAAAAACUAUUCUCUGAAAAAGGCUAAAUGAGGGGGGGGGGGUACACGUUACAUCCUCGAAGCUGAAACGGAUUGAGUACGUCUCGACUGAGGAAAACGACGAAAUACUGGAAGAACUUGAUUUCUAAAAUCUCGUUAAAACAGUUGUAGAUAUGGUUCCAAAAGGAAUAGAUUUAGUUUAGAUUUACGUGUAUAUGCAUUAUGAUAACAUGAAUAUUCUUCUCAGACUUAUUCUGUAUCAUAUAUAAAAGCGAGUAGAAACUUAGAAAUGUCUGGGAAAAUUUAUGUCUUCGACGUACUUUAUAAUCUUCGGGAUUCUGCAAGAUUUCACCCCCCAAAUGCUUGAAAUCACAUUUCAGGGACUCUAAAUUUUAAAAUUUUCCCUGGGGUGCAUGCCCCCGAACCCCCCUAGAGCGUACUUUAUAAUCUUCGGAAUUCUGCAAGAUUUCACCCCCAAAAUGCUUGAAAUCACAUUUCAGGGACUCUAAAUUUCAAAAUUUUCACGGGGGUGCAUGCCCCCGGACUUCCAUAGAUGGUCUCGCGCCUUCGGCGUUCGCUUCGCCCCCCCCCCCAAAAAAAAAUGAAGGUCUGGCUACGCCACUGGAUAUACCCUGUAGUUAAAACAUGAGCAGCCGAUCUUUAUUUGGUAUACAAACCCGAGCCGAAGGCUAGAGACCAUCUAUGUAUUUUAACGUACUUAAAAACUACCUAUCUUAUAAGUUCAUUGGUGAAGUAGUUUUAAAAAUAAUCAUCGUCUAAACGGAGAAAAUCAAAGCUGAAGUUUAUGUAAGUCAGGACAAAUCUUUAUCCGAUUUACAAACAUUGAUUAAACAUUCAUUUCUUCUGAAUUUUCUUCAUGAAAUUAUUAAUGAGUAUUUUAAAUAAUGAAAAUGCCGCGCAUAACUCUUAUAAGCACGAGCAGGGUACAAAGUUCCUAAUUAUUAACUAGAUUGCAUAUAAACUGGUUUAUUUCGAAAGUUGUUUUUCGGCUCGUGUAUACAGCUAUUUCUAUCAAGGUUGUCCACAAGCAAAGCGAAAAAGUCGAAUACGAGCGCGUAAGGCUGCUAGGAAUCGCUUUGUUAACGAUUCCCAGCAGCCUUUCGCGCCCGUAUUCGACUUUUCCGCUUUGCUCGUGGACAACCUUAAUUGAAAUAGCUGUAUACAAUGCAACACGCGAACGCUCAUAUAUAACGCUUUUUCCCGAAAAAACAGUUCUGUUUUCAUUUGUUUGGCAAUUUCUCAUUGUAACAAUAGAAUGUCACUAUUUAUUAUUUUAGAUUUUUAAAGGCAAUAACGACGCCAAUAGUCCUGUGAGACACACUUUAGCCAAUCAAAUCGAAGCUUCUUACGUUCGAAUAAUCCCAAUCGCUUGGAAUAAGAAUAUUUGUAUGCGAAUUUCCUUACUUGGAUGUUGGGCAG